AAUCAAAGAAGAGUGUAAGGUUAUCCAUGAAGCAGACUGUGCUACAACCAUUGAGGAGUUACUGUAUGUGGUAGGUUAAUCAAAGAAGAGUGUAAGGUUAUCCAUGAAGCAGACUGUGCUACAACCAUUGAGGAGUUACUGUAUGUGAUCGACGAUGAGACAGUCUUUUCGAAUGACGCAGUGUAUAGUUCUAUGAGCAAGCUGAGUCACCUCACACAGAGCAGUGCAGGACUCACCAGCCCUGAGCUGGAUGCAGCGACUGAGAUGCUAACAAGGCUGGCCAACCGAGCACUGCCUGGGUCUAUAAAUGAUACUCAAGCUGAUAUAUAUCUAGAGGACUUUCUUGCGAUUGUGAAUAAUAUUCUUAAUCCGGUGCACACUGAUGAGUGGAUCUCUCUGCAGCAGACCAGUGCUGGAACCACAUCAGUAAUGAAAAGUGUGGAGACAUUUACCAGCAGCAUUGCCAGUCACUGGAACAGAAGCACGCUUAACCCGUUCACUGAUGUACUGAUCAACAAGAGUAAUAUACUUUCAUCAAUGGAAUUCAUUCCGAGGGAUUAUUUCAGCGGACAGAGUGAUCUAGUGGUUCCCCAAAGAAGUGGGCCCCGGUGGCAAAGCCUUGCCGAAAAAUGGCAAAGUGUGGAUGAUGAGGUUGCUAUUCCUGAAGAUCUCAUCACAAAUACACCUAGCUCCAUGGGAGCGAUGGUUUCAUUUACAUUGUAUGACACCCUGCCAGGAAUGGUUCCUAUCACUGCAACUGAUAGGUUUGCAAAAGUAGAAGGGAAAAGCCUUUGGCUGAACAGUCGAAUACUGUCUCUUGGAGUUGAGCCAGCUUUUGAAGAAACUCUUGACGAACCCAUCUUGAUAACACUCACACACCAAACGCGAGUGAUUGACUCAAAAACAGAAAAAGCUGUGUGUGCAUUUUGGAAGUUUGAUGUUCCACACACCAUUAACGGAGCAUGGGAUAGUGAGGGUUGCGAGGUGCAGAGUACCAGUCAGACACAGACAGUGUGCCGUUGCUACCAUCUGACGAGUUUUGCUAUUAUCGUGGAACCCCAACCCCUAGUGAAGCUGAGUGAAGACACAAUCAUCCUGCGAUGGCUGGUGAGAUGUCUGGUAGGACUGUCUGUGUUUCUGCUCCUAAUUCUAAUCAUCACUUACAUCAUGUCAAAGCGUGUGCACACCUUGCGUCAUUCCAUUCAUCUCAACCAAUGCCUGGCGUGCCUCAUAGCAUCGGUGGCGUUCGGCCUGUCAGAGUUUACAAGUGACAGUGAGGUCUUGUGUCUAGCCUCUGGUGCCGCCAUGCAUUACUUCUACCUUGUCGUCUUUCUGUGGUCGACCAUGGAGACAUGCCAACUGUACAGGGAUACCACUGUAGGGGGCAUGGUUACCAGCGACGCCGUUAAGGGUUUUGCCGUGUGCAGGAAUGGGAUGGGAUACUACAUGAUUGGGGGAUGGGGAAUUCCUGCUGUAGUAGUUGGCUCUGUCCUGGCUGUUUCCCUACAAGCGUACAAACCUCAGGCUUAUGAUCUCUGUUGGUUGGUUGAAGAAGAUGGAAUGCCAUGGGCAUACUCUACUCCUUGCUGUGCGGCUCUAUGUGUGAAUAUUUUUAUCCUGAUAAUGGUGAGGAGGGGAACCGACAGUACGGUGCGCAAGCUGGAUAGAACCACUGGCUUUAGGUCCAGUGUGCGUGCAACCAUUAUCCUCAACUGUCUGUACGCUAUGACUUGGGUGGUGGGCUGGAAAGCGAUCUACGGUGGCCCAUUGUGGACAAGUUACUUGUUUGUCAUCCUGAAUUCACUUCAGGGGUUCUUUGUGUUUGUUCUGCAAGGAGUUUGUAAUGUCGAGCGAUGA